AUGCCAGGGGUGACGAAGUACAAUUUGGUGGAUGACUCCCUCGAUUUGAGGAUCCCCAUGCAUAACGAGGAGGUGUUCCAGCAUGGAGUCUGCUUCGAGGCAAAGUACAUUGGCAGCUUGGAAGUAGGUCGUCCUGGCAGCCGCAUGGAAAUAGUUGCUGCAAUGAGAAGAAUCCGAUAUGAAUUCAAACUGAAGAACAUCAAGAAAAAGAAGGUCAACAUUGUAGUUUCUACAGAUUUUGUCAAAGUGAUACUAAGAAAAAAGAAGCGAAAAGGAUGGUCGUGGGAUGAAAAUACAAUCUUGGUGACACAAGAUCCCAUAUUCAGGAUUUUUUACGUCUCACAUGACGCACAAGACCUCAAGAUCUUCAGUUAUAUUGCAAGAGAUGGAGAAAGUAAUAGCUUUCGCUGUAAUGUUUUCAAGUCAAAGAGGAAGUCACAAGCCAUGCGGAUUGUGCGGACAGUAGGUCAAGCGUUUGAUGUGUGUCACCAGCUGACCCUGCAGAAGAAAACAGACGAGCAAGAAGAUGAAGAGGGAAAGGAGAAGCAGCUGGAGGGAAUGCCAGCUGAUAAGAGGUUGGCUUUGUCAGAGGAGACCGACCUUGAAGCCACAACAGAGGAGAGUAUCGAGUGCAACACUUCAUCAGACCUGGAGAGGAACAAAAAGGUCCUUGGUAAUAAUAGGAAGGGCUCCAGCGGUGGCUCUCUUCUGCUGAGCUCUCCAGCGAGUAAAGCUUCUGUUGAGGCGAAGUCAGCCGCAGAGGCUCACUGCGCUUCAGACCACCAGGUUCAACUCUUGCAGAAACAGCUAGAGCAGCAGGAGCAACAGGCAUUGGCAGCAUCAGCCCAGGUGCAUGUGCUACGGGGCCAGCUGUCCGUGGAGGUGUGCGCCCGAAGCGAGGCCCAAAUGAGAGUGCAGAGGCUGUUGCAACAGAACACAGACUUGCUGCAACACAUUUCCUUGCUGGUCAAACAGAUCCAAGAACUCGAGCUUAAAACGGGUGGCCAUUUAACAUCCAUGGGCUCCCAGGACAGUCUUCUAGAGAUCACUUUUCGUGCACGACCCCCCAGCACGCCCAGUGAACCCCUCACCCCAUCCCCCUCUACAGGGCCCUCUUCAGCGUCUCUAUCCCAGCAACAGAUCAGCGACAGUGCUUGGGUCUCCUGCUCUUCCAGCACGACAGGCGCCGAGACCAGCCCCCUGAACCUUGGCGGCAACGCGGUUCGUCUGGAGUGCUUCCGGUUCUCUACGCGAGUUCCGGAAGGCCGUGAGCAAAGCCCUGGAACCGGCGAGAUGCCCAGCGACGGCCCACAAGAUGACAGUUCACCUCAGGGUGAGCCGGUCCUGGGAGCUCUGGAGCUGCUCCGGUUCAGGGAAUCAGGAAUCGGAUCAGAGUAUGAAUCCAACACGGAUGAGAGCGACGACCGGGACAGUUGGGGACAUGGAGAGGGAGCUGGGCUAGAUGGUACCGCUCGCCUCUUUAAUGUGUUGAAUACUGAGAGUUUGCCAGACUGUUUAGGAGAUGAGAUGGCCGUAUAG